GAGAAUCUACACAUCUGUGAUCAAUGUGGGGCAGCUUUCACAAAAAAGAGUCACCUAAAAACACAUCAACGCAUUCACACUGGAGAGAAGCCUUACAGCUGUGAUCUGUGUGGUAAAACCUUUUCUCAGAGUAGUACCCUAGGAAUCCACAGACGUGUUCACACUGGAGAGAAGCCGUACUGCUGUGAACAAUGUGGGAAAUGUUUUACUCAUCAUACUUACCUUAAAGAACACCAGCGCAUACACACUGGAGAGAAGCCAUACUGGUGUGAACAAUGUGGGGAAACAUUUUCUCAGCGUGGUACCCUUAAAAUACAUAAACGCAUUCACACUGGAGAGAAGCCGUACAGCUGUGAUCUAUGUCGUAAAACUUUUACUCAUAGCAGUAACCUUAAAUCUCACCAGCUCGUUCACGCUGGAGAGAAGCCGUACUGGUGUGAACAAUGUGGGAAAACUUUUUCUCAGAGUAGUAACCUUAAAACACAUCAACGCAUUCACACUGGAGAGAAGCCUUACAGCUGUGAUCUAUGUGGUAAAACCUUUUCGCAGAGCGGUAGCGUUAAAUUUCACCAACGUGUUCACACUGGAAAGAAGCCGUACUGAGAAGAAGUAUUUGUUCUUAAUUAAUCACUUUGUAAGUACAAUUUACAAAAAUCCCCAUCGCUGUUUACUAAGGUGAUGUCAAAUUGCUGAAAUAUUCAGUUUAUUGUCACUUAAGAUGAAAAAAAUCUUUAAUCAGAACAUGGCUGCUGCUUAAAAAAUGACUUGAACAGUUAAUGUGUCUAAACUGCGUCUGUGGCGCCGCCAUCUUGGACAGACAACUGAUCUUAAAGACUCAGAAAAAGAUUGUUGUACUGCUUUUGGAUGUUCAUGUGAAAGAAAUGCUAAACUAAGCAACAUGGAAUAACAUUUCACGGAUGAAAAAUGUGUUUUACAAUAUUAUACUAUUACUAAAGUGUUGUAUUUAAUAUCACAAAAAGUAACAUUAAUCCUUCUUUUAAGCUAACCGUAACUUAAGUGACUGUCCUGAUACUGAAUUGAGCUAAUGCUAGCUUGUGUCAGGUUAUGUAUGUUUUAUUUGAGUGAUUAUUAAUAUCUCAGUAAGAUGCUGAAAACUGUUUGUUAUGUGUGUCACUGAACAGUUCCUCGUAUCAUUCCCCUUAGACCCCCAUGUGAAAAAAUCCAGACUUUACAUCAGAAAUAUAUAAAUGUUUACAGCCUGGUACAAAAAA